GCGUGAAGAGGAAAAUAAAGCAAUCCGCGUUUAACUUUACUCUUCCUAACUUAGAACCCUAAUUCCAAAGUCUCUCUCCCUAAAAAUCCAAAUCAUGGAGGUUAAUAUUCUUCCUCAGGCAGUCGUAGGAAAUGUGGUUUUGUUGCAAGGUGGAGGAGCCAGAGUAACGAUUCCACCGGGUAAUGGUUUUACCAUUACUGUCAAUCCGGUGGAAUUUGCUGCCGCUGGUGCUUUAGGAGCUGGCGCUGGUGAGGGAGCUGCCAAUAACAUAGCCGCUAUCACAGCCGGUAUCCUGCAGGCUUCGGUUGACAGGCCGCUAUCUGCCACUGAGGUACUGCAUAUGCUAAGGGUCGACAACACGUUAAUGGUGCAAGACGAUUAUGCACCCGUACCUCCCGCCACAGGUCUUUUCCUCUACGACAUGGAGAUUGCAAACCGUUCAGACCACCAUCACUUCGACACCCGACCUCGCUACUACAAACAGCCUGCUCAGUUUGGAGCUGGAUUCGUGGUGAUCAAGCACCGUCGGAGGGUGGCCGUUCAUCCAGCACAUGUUGCACAUCAGAGAGUUGUGUGCCGGAGAUAUUUGAUACUAGGAGAUCCACGUGUCCUCUUUCACUACCUUGAAGAGCAUGUAGAUGAUGCAUUUGUAGAGGAGGAGGAACCAGCCAUCCCAUUUGACCCAGUGGUACCACUCCUCAUAUAGGGUGGUUUCCAGUUUAAAAUUUCUUUGUUUAAAAAGUUCGGUCAUAAUGAAGUCUUGGUGGGAUAUUGGUUUUUAUGCUUAUUCAAUUUUCUUUGAUAAAGAAUUUUUGUAACAAAAUGUAGCUGGAAAUUGUUUUCACUUUUCCGGUUCGAGAUC